AUGGGUAAGACGCAGAAGAAAAAUAGUAAAGGUCGUUUGGAUAAGUACUAUUACUUGGCCAAGGAGAAAGGUUACCGUGCUCGUUCUUCUUUCAAAAUCAUUCAGAUAAAUGAAAAGUUUGGCCACUUUUUGGAGAAGUCUAAGGUAGUCAUUGAUUUGUGUGCUGCACCCGGAUCGUGGUGCCAGGUGGCUUCUAACUUGUGUCCAGUCAACUCAUUAAUUAUCGGUGUGGAUAUUGUGCCCAUGAAAUCGAUGCCCAAUGUGAUUACAUUCCAGAGCGAUAUUACAACAGAGGAUUGUCGUUCUAAGUUGAGAGGUUAUAUGAAGACAUGGAAAGCUGACACAGUUAUGCACGAUGGUGCUCCCAAUGUUGGUCUUGGCUGGAUUCAGGAUGCUUACACACAAUCGCAUUUAACGCUCCAAGCGUUGAAACUAGCUGUUGAGAAUUUGGUUGUUGGGGGAACAUUUGUGACAAAGAUUUUCAGAUCGAAGGAUUAUAAUAAGCUUAUUUGGGUAUUCAGUCAGCUUUUCGAGAAGGUAGAGGCUACCAAGCCGCCCGCUUCCAGAAAUGUUUCCGCAGAAAUUUUUGUAGUCUGCAAAGGUUUCAAAGCACCAAAAAAGAUGGACCCGAGGUUACUAGAUGCCAGAGAGGUCUUUGAGGAAUUACCUGAUGGUCCGCAAAACAACGAAGCAAAGGUCUUCAAUCCCGAGAAGAAAGUAAGGAAAAGACAAGGUUACGAAGAAGGUGACUACUUACUGUAUCAUACUAAACCUAUCAUGGAAUUUGUCACAUCCGAGGAACCUAUUGAUAUGCUCGGAAACCUCAACAAAUUUACGGUGGAUCCCAACGAACAUGAAUGGAAGAUCUUGAAGAAAUUAAAGCAAACGACAUCAGAGUUCAUGGCCUGCAUAGAGGAUCUAAAGGUUUUGGGGAAGAAAGAUUUCAAGAUGAUUCUUAAAUGGAGAAAGGCCGCCAGGGAUAUUUUGGGUAUAGAAAAGGAGGAUGAAAAAGAGGAAGUAGAGGAAACACCAUUGAACGAAGAAGAGCAAAUUCAGAAAGAAUUGCAGGGUCUACAGGAAAAGCAGCGUUUGUCUCAGAAGCGUGAAAAGAGAAAGAAGAACGAAAUGAAGCAAAAGGAGCUGACCAGAAUGCAGAUGAACAUGCUGACACCUGCAGACAUCGGUAUAGAAUCGGCGGAUAUAGGAAGAGAUGCCAUUUUCAAUCUUAAAACCGCCGAAAAGACAGGAAUGUUAGAUAAACUUGCCAAAGGUAAAAGAAGAAUGAUUUUCGCUCAAAAUGGCUUGGAAAAUAACGAUGAUAUUCACAUUGCAGAUGAUGCUCCCUUGGCCGACCGUGAUGAAUAUGCGGACGCAGAUGAGCUAGAGUCUCAACUGAACUUCAUGUACCACACCUACAAAGAACAAAGGGCCGAAAGAGAUGCCAACUAUCGUGCAAAGCAAGCUAGAGGUGGAGAUCACGAUGGAGAAUGGACAGGAUUUACCGAGAAAGAGAACGACAGCGAACCUGAGGCGGACAAAGAUCAUAUAAGUGACAACGAAGAAUCUGAUGCUUCUGACUCUGAUGAUGAUGAAGCGAUCAACAGAUUGAUUGCAAAGAUUGAGAGUGAUUCUGGAAAGCAGGGGCUAAGCUCUAAGGCGAAGUCGUUAUUUGAUCAAUCGAUUUUUGAAGGUGUUGAGGCGGAUCUACCAGAAGAGGCAGCUAAAGCUGACGUUCACUCCACAAAGCUGGAGAGGGCUGUCGGAAAUAAUUAUCAUGAAAGUGAAAGCAGCGCGUCCGAGGAUUCAGAUUUUGAAAUUGUUGCAAAUGAACAAGACGUGGAUCAUUCUAUGGACUCUGAUUAUGAUUCAGAAGAUGAGAAGAAGGAAUCAGACAGGGCAAAACAUUCUGAGGAAAUCGACAUCGCAACGGUCGAAGCUAUGACCUUAGCACAUCAACUGGCUUUAGGACAGAGGACCAAGCAUGAUUUGAUUGACGAGGGUUUCAACAGAUAUGCCUUUCGCGAUACUGAAAAUCUUCCUGAUUGGUUUUUGGAGGAUGAAAAGAGUCAUUCAAAGAUUAACAAGCCUAUAACAAAAGAGGCUGCUCUGGCGAUCAAAGAGAAGAUGAAAGCUCUGAAUGCUAGACCAAUCAAGAAGGUGGCAGAGGCGAAGGCAAGAAAGAAGAUGCGCGCUGUGGCACGUCUCGAAAAGAUCAAAAAGAAAGCAGGUAUUAUCAAUGACGAUGCCGACAAGUCAGAGCGUGAUAAAGCCGAUGAGAUUGCAAAGCUGAUGAGGAAGGUAACUAAAAAACAGAAACAGAAACCGAAGGUUACGCUAGUUGUUGCUACAGGUAAAAACAGAGGAUUAUCCGGUAGACCAAAGGGUGUGAAAGGUAAAUAUAAGAUGGUUGAUGGUGUCAUGAAGAAUGAGCAAAGAGCUCUGAAGCGUAUCGCCAAAAAACAUCAUAAAAAAUAG